UUUGUUUCUGCAUGCAUGAACACGUACAUUUUAUCUCAGUUGUGUUAGUAACUGCAUUUUAUUUGCUGUAUAUAUAUUUGUUGUUAUUAUCGUAUCAACUGCAGUGGUGUAUUAUAUAAAAUUUUAGCAUUAAUAUUCUUUUGUGUAUAUUUUUUCAUUUUGUGUAUUGUUUGUGUAUAUUUGAUAAUUUUCGGAGAACAAGACUUAUAUUUGCCUUACAAUGGCUUCCAGUUUUUUGAAUAUGGUGCAAGGCGUUAUAUAUUUUUCGAGUUUUGUAGAACUCAUGACGUGUACUUCCAUAAUAUGUCUCCUAAUAUAUUGCGUAAUAAUGGUAUGUAAAAAUCAUUAAGUAGAAUAUAUCCACGUGUAUAUGACGAUAUUAUAAUGAUAAAUAAUGUAAUUUACUUAUGCAGGAAUGGGAGAACAGCAAUACUUUUGCUAUGUGUAUGUAUUUUAUUGCAGUGUUAUCAUUGGUUUUCAACAUAUUUAUAUAUUGUUUUAUUGGUGAGCAGCUCUCUGAGAAAGGGGAACAAGUAGCUUUGACGGCAUGUACUUUAGAUUGGCACCUUCUUCCGGAUGUAAAAGCGCGGGCACUAAUUUUAAUCAUUCUCAUGUCAAAUAAGCCAAUGAAACUUAAGGCAGGCAAUUUCGUGGAGUUAUCCUUUAGGACAUUCGGGUCCGUUAUUAAGACGGCCAUGGGUUAUUUAAAUCUCCUUCGAUCAGUUGUUGAGUGAGUGACAAUAUAUAUUGCCCAAAAAGAUAUGGCAUAAAAAAAUACAAACAAAAGUAAGUGAAAUUUGCGUUAGUGGUACUCCGCAAAAAAUCACGCGUAGAUUAAAUUUUUACUUUGAUAGAUAAAGUGUCUUGCAAGUAGAAAAUAAAUCACACGUCCACGUUUUUAGGAAAUAAUAAAGUUAUGAAGUUAUAAAACAAAAUUCUAAUAGUGACUUCGUAUAACAGAUAUUUCAUCUUUGAUAUUAAAAAGAAUUAAUGUUCUCACAAUGAUUGUUCACAGUAAAGGUCAUUCUAAUUUCACUCAAUUCUGUCUAUAAAUUUUAAUGCCAUAAUUCUUUUCAGUAGAUAUUUACUCAUAGGUAAAUAAGUGUAGAAUCGGAAGUGUCAUUGAGUAAACAAAGUUGAAAUAAAAAUAGUUAGUUAUCAAAAAUAUAGAGAAAUCCCUUUUUUAAUCUCAGAGGAUAUCGUAGAAAUAAAUUUAUUUAUUUUGCGGCUAAUCACGAAAGCAUAUCACUAUGAUUCCAAUAUUCGAUAAAUAUAUUUAAUUCUCUUAAUUUGUGUUUUAUUUUCUUAUUCAGUUAUGUGAUUAUUAUUACUUUGAUCAAAUCUAAGAACUGUUUUAAUGUAAAAUGACUUUGCCACUGAUUUUCUCCUAAAGAAAAGAAAUAGAAAAGUUAAAGACUAAAUUUUACUAACUGUUGUUGUAAGUAAUUUUUUGGACGUAAAACUAUAUAUGAUUUUUCUAUCCAGAAGGAAAACUUCUCUUCCAUAUAAUAUAGGAAACUCAAAAUAAAAGUUACGACCAAUACCUCUUCCAUAGAAAAAUGCUUAUCUAAAUUUAAUUUGUUAUUCAAAGAAAGAUUUAUACCUGAAUAUUUUAUAAUAUUUUUCAGAAGGGAUAUGGUUAUUCACCUUCUUCUUAGUACAAAUUGUAUUUGUAAAGCCAUUCUGUUUAAAGUCAAUGGCCGUUUGGUAUUGUUGCGAUAUCAAUAACAACACUUCCUCGUAUGGUUUCAACUUGUUCAAUAUUUGAAAUAAAGCUAGAAAAACUUUCUUCUUGUAUAACUCAAAAAUAGACUAGCCUGUGAGAUUUCCCUCGAUGUUUCCAUGCGUGCAUUGUUAACGAUUUGCACUGUCUACCCUUUCAAAUGUACUAGCACGCAAGCGCAUGCAGCUAUUAAACUCUGCUCGAAGUGGAAAGCAGCUACUCCGAAUAGACGAGAAGGAGAAGCGGUGGUCUUCACAUCACUUUAUAUAUUUCGAAACUCGAAAGUUCUGUUAUAUAAAUUCAAGUCGAACAUUAUUCAUAAUGUUUAUCAAUGAAAACUACGAGCACGAUAUAAACUAUACAUACGAAUUGAAUCGUUUUAUUUUUUCUCUUUUGGGCAUUUGGCCGUACGCGCAAACAAACUUCUGGCUUCUUCAGAAGCUACAAAGGGCCGCAUUGUUUUUUGUAUUUUAUCUUCUUCUCAGUUGCGAUCUAAUUUCUACACUCCUUUAUAUAUUCAUGGUGCAGAAGGAGACUCGCGCGAGAAUUAAAAUAAUGGCCGUGGUUAUAUUCACGAUUGUGUCGAUUCUCAAGUACAGUAAUCUACUGUACAUGAAGAAUCAAAUGAGAAGUUGCAUGGCAUGUGUCGAGAAGGAUUUUCAAAAUGUCAUCAGCCCGACUGCUCGUAAUACGAUGCUCUUCCAUGCGAGAACUGGCAGACGUUUGUUGAUCUUAUGCAGUAUAUUCAUGUAUGGCUCCGGGAUGACGUAUCGAACACUUUUACCGUUGUCAAGAGGGAAAAUCGUCACUGCUCAGAAUAUUACGAUUAGACCCUUGCCGAGUCCUGCUUAUUAUAUAGUGUUUGAUCCGCAGAUCAGUCCGGCUUACGAGAUUGUGUUCUUGGUACAGUGUUUGACGGGUCUCCUCAGGUAUACGAUCACAGUGGCAGGUUGCGGCAUUGCGGCGCUCUUCACGAUGCAUAUUGUGGCACAAUUGGACAUCUUAAUGACGCUAAUGAACAACUUGACAAUCGAACAUGAGUUUGAGAAUGUGGACAAGAAGUUAUCUGUCAUCGUACAGCAUCAAAUAAGAACGCGAAAGUAACAACCGUUUGUUUCUGCAUGUAUCAA